AUGCUUUCUCGCUCUUCUCUUAGACUUCUUUCGCUAACUGGCCGCACUUCUGCAACAGCUGCUGCCCCAGCUUUUGCUCGAGCCGCAAGCAUCAGUACGAUUGCAAAGGCCGGCAACCCAUUGGCUUCGAGAAAUUUGGCACAUGCUUUUGUCAGACCCACUGCCAAACAGACGAUUAUUCGCACUUCCCAGCGCUCCUACUCCGUUCAAACCAAGCCAACCCCUCGCGACGAAGGUCCUAAAUUUAGAUACAUUGUUCUUCUUGUUAUCUUGGGUACUGCAGGGUUCGUUUGGGCCGAGAAAAACGUUCGCAAGAAGAAGCCCCGUGAUUUCAACGAGGAAGACUACGAGGCUAUUAAGAAGCGCGCUAGAAUUAUGCACAAGAAAACUGCAUUCACUCCGGAAGAAGCUCUUGUUAUUUUUGUUCUUGGUGGUCCCGGUUCCGGAAAGGGUACUCAAUGCGCUAACCUUGUCCGUGACUACAACUUUGUUCAUCUCUCUGCUGGUGACUUACUCCGUGCCGAACAAGCUAGAGAAGGUUCUCAGUACGGUGAAUUGAUUUCUAACUACAUCAAGGAGGGUAAGAUUGUGCCCCAGGAAGUCACCAUUGCAUUGUUGAGAAACGCCAUGCGUGAUGCUAUUAUCAAGCGUCUUGAUGAAGACCCUGAUGCUGCUAUCGAAGAGGGUCCUGUUCGUUUCCUUAUUGACGGUUUCCCUAGAAAAAUGGACCAGGCCCUUAUCUUUGAAGACGAUGUGUGCAUUUCCCGCUUUACCUUGUUUUUUGAAUGCCCCGAGGAAGUUAUGCUCAAACGCCUGCUUAAGCGUGGUGAGACCAGCGGUAGAACAGAUGAUAAUGUUGAGUCCAUCAAGAAGCGCUUCCAUACCUUUGUUGAUACCAGCAUGCCUGUCAUUGAGUACUUUGACAAGUCCGGUAAGGUCUUUAGAAUCCCUUGCGACCAGCCGGUCGAGAAUGUGUAUUCCCAAGUUAAGGGUGUUCUCCAAGACCGUCUCGGUAUUUAA